AUGCUCCGUUCCUUCGCCUGCCAAGAGACGCCCGCAGUUGCUGUCCUGGAAGCCCUGCAUCAGGAGCUGACACCGGGCCUACCUUCUGAUCCAGCUGCUGCCCUCGGCCCUCAACUUCCAGCACCCCCGCCCUCUGACGUUGUGAUUGCCCCGCCGCUCUCUGUGCUACCUUCCCCCAGCGCUGCAGACCCAGCAUUGUCCCGCACCUCCGAUCAACCGGCGACUGCUUCCUCGCCCCUUAGACAGACUCCUCCUCCCCGUUCUACUCUGCGGUUGCGUGUGACGCGCAAUAGCAAACGGACGGCCCCGGUCACCGCCACUUCUCCUCCACCUUCACAGCGCCAACGCGUGGUGAUUCUUUCUUCCCCCUCCAAGUCUUCGGGCACGAGCUCGGCUCAGGAGACAAGUUUGGGCCAGGAACAGGCCUAUGACCUGGAGGUAGCAAGCCCGCCGUUAGACCGACUUACUACGGCGCCACUCCAGAGCGCGCUACCUGCCCCGCCUUCAUCCUCUGGUGGCCAACCCUUGGAUUCGUUGACUCCUCCAGCCUCAUCCCCUCUGAUUCCAACGAGCUCGGCCGUGCCUAUUCCUGAACCGCACUCCCCGGAUUGGGCUUUUAGGGCCCUCUGGAGGCUUCCUUCGGCAACUGACCCGGCGAACGUGCCGACUGCUCCCUCAUCCCUUUUUUUUGGCAGGGUCGACUUCCACGGGGCCUUAGCCAACUCCUGGCAAUCGGCUCAUCGGCAGUUCUGGGAAAGCGAAUACCCUCUGGAAGAGCUCGAUCAGGUUGCUUGCUCUCUGGUCGCGACCUGCUCGGCGAGUCUGAGCGUAGUCCAACGAGCGGCCGAGCUAGAACGGGAGAAUGUGGCACUCAAGGCCCGUCUCCGGGAACUGGAACCCCCUUCAUCUUUCACAGCUCCUCCUGAGCCCUCCCUGGAAGGCCUAGACUCCUGUCUGCCUACCGCCGGGGAAUCAGCGGCCUCUGCCCGGGCCCUUUCUGACGCCGCAUCCAACAGACUGCGGGCAUUGGAGGCGGCCUUAAAGGCGAGUGAGUCCUCUCUGGCCUCUGAAGUGGAACGCCGUCAGGCGGCGACCUCUGAACUGAAAAACCGAGAGGCAGAGUUGCUUGCCCAGUCCAGGGAAUUGGCUUUGCUGAAGCAAGGUCGGGAGCUCCUACAGAUGGGGCUGGCUGAAGCUCAAACCGUGUCCAGUGCCGCUGUGGGUUGGGAAACCACCCUGCGAGCUCAGUGGGAAGCCUGCCAGGCCCAGCUUCAAUCUUUGCACGCGGAGCUUUCGCGGGCCCAGGAGGCAAUGUCUCAGGGUCAGAGUGACCUGGCUGCAGCUCGCGCAGAGGCUACCCAGGACAAGGACGCCAUGGCAGAGUACCUGGCGGGAGAGCUCGGGCGGCUGAAGGCCUACCGCUUGGCCUAUGUUCGUUCUUCCUUCUUCCUUCAGAAGCUGGGGCGCUGGAUGGUCCUGCUGCUGAGUUACGGGGCUGCUGGCGGGGUGAGACAAGCUUUCGAGCAAGGUUAUUUGCGCGCAGCGCCCCCCGCCGCUUUCUUGGAUACUGCUCGCCUGGCCCGGGAAUUGCCGCAGGACACCUUCCCCUCCUUUGAGGCGGAUGACGGGCUCUUCUUCCUGGCUGCUCCUCCCCCUGCUGCCGCUUCAAACCCCGUAGAGGUGUCUCCCCAGGGUCUUCCUGCCGCCCUCCCCGAAGCUUCUGAAGCCCUUGCCCCUCCUCCUGCUGAACCAACCGACCCAGCUUCUCCUCGGUCGACUCCUGAUAACCUGUCUCCUCCUUCUCCGAAUGUAGUGUAA